UGUCCAAUUCUGUCUAAUGGAGCCCUAAGGAGCAACAAUAGAGCGGGCGAGAGCCUCAUUGAGAGUCUGGCAGCGCCGGGCAAGUGGGCCCUGGCUGCGCGCAUCGUCCCACGCGCACCGCGAGGGGACGCAGCACCGCGAGAGCCCGGUCGCGGUUCCAACCGGCCGGCCCCUAGACGGGCCUCCGACUCCGAUUUCUGACGGGAGGGUUGGACUGCGCUGCGUUCUGAGGGGGUCCGGAAGUUCGGACAUGGUGACUGAAAGAGGGUGACGUGGUCAGAUAAGGGGCCAGGGGAAAGGGGAAGAGGCCAAGAGCGCCAGCGUCGCGAGCGGAGCUGGGAGGCUUGUGUAGCUCCAGCGGAGGAAGAUUCAGGAGCCCAAGGUCCUGCCAUGGAGCUGCGCUCGGAGCUGCCCAGCGUGCCUGGCGCGGCAACAGCGGCGGCUACAGCGACGGGGCCGCCUGUGGCGUCAGUGGCGUCGGUGGCAGCUGCGGCGGCGGCGGCGGCGUCGCUGCCAGUGAGCGUGGCGGGCGGCCUGCUCCGGGCGCCGCCGCUGUUGUUGCGGGCGGCGGAGAAGUACCCGCGGACGCCGAAGUGCGCGCGCUGCCGCAACCACGGCGUGGUGUCGGCGCUCAAGGGCCACAAGCGCUACUGUCGCUGGAAGGACUGCCUGUGCGCCAAGUGCACGCUCAUCGCCGAGCGCCAACGCGUCAUGGCGGCGCAGGUGGCGCUGCGCAGGCAGCAGGCUCAGGAAGAAAACGAGGCGCGCGAGCUGCAACUGCUCUACGGCACUGCCGAGGGCCUGGCGCUGGCCGCCGCCAACGGCAUCAUCCCACCACGACCCGCCUACGAGGUCUUUGGCUCGGUGUGCGCAGCUGAAGGCGGGGGCCCAGGAGCCGGAGCGCCCGCCGGGACCGGAGGCGGGGCAGCGGGCGCAGGGGGCGCAGAGGCCAAGUUGCAGAAGUUUGACCUGUUCCCCAAGACGCUGCUUCAGGCAGGCCGCCCCGGCAGCCCGCAGCCGCCGCCGGUGAAGCCCUUAUCUCCCGACGGCGGGGACUCGGGGCCCGGGACGUCGUCUCCAGAGGUGCGACCCGGCUCAGGCUCGGAGAAUGGCGACGGCGAGUCCUUUUCGGGGUCGCCCCUGGCCCGUGCCUCAAAGGAGGCCGUUGGCAGCUGCCCAGGCAGCGCUGGGCCUGGAGGCGGCGGCGAAGAGGACAGCCCGGGCUCCGCUAGUCCUCUGGGCUCUGAAUCCGGUUCGGAGGCUGACAAAGAAGAGGCCGAGGCCGCGCCGGCUCCAGGGCUGGGCGGAGGCCCGGGUCCACGACAGCGGACGCCGCUGGACAUCUUGACGCGCGUCUUCCCAGGCCACCGGCGUGGCGUCCUGGAGCUGGUGUUGCAGGGCUGCGGCGGCGACGUGGUGCAGGCUAUCGAGCAGGUGCUGAACCACCACCGCGGAGGCCUGGCGGCCGGCCUGGGCACUACCGCGCCCCCGGAUAAGGCUGCACUAGGUGCUGCAACAGCUGCAGACGACGCGUGGCCGGGGCGCGUUGAAGCCGCCGCCGCCGGGGGCCCCGGGCUGCCCACGCCGCUGCAGGCGGGGCCUGCCGCGCCCCCACACCACAGACCCUUGCUGGCUGGCGCCAUGGCGCCCGGGGCGCUGGGCUCGCUGAGCAGCCGCUCGGCCUUCUCGCCGCUGCAGCCCAACGCCAGUCACUUCGGCGCGGAUGCAGGCGCCUACCCGCUGGGCGCCCCGCUCGGCCUCAGCCCCUUGCGCCUGGCCUACUCGGCCGCGGCGGCACACAGUCGCGGCCUAGCCUUCAUGGCGCCCUACUCCACCGCAGGCCUAGUGCCCACACUCGGCUUUCGCCCGCCGAUGGACUACGCCUUCAGCGAUCUCAUGCGCGACCGCUCUGCCGCUGCUGCAGCGGCGGUGCAUAAGGAGCCGACCUAUGGCGGCGGCCUGUACGGGCCUAUGGUCAAUGGCGCCCCUGAGAAGCAAUAAGGCGAGGGGCCCGGCAGCCGGGCGUCCCCCUAACAGAAAGCCCAACCGUGUCCCCGCUGGCCGCUGGUCCUCUUUCCUCAGCGCGCUCUCUGCGCCCUGGCGGGGGUCCUCCCACUUCAAGGUGGCUUUUUGGUUUUGUUUUGGAGGGUGAGAGAGGGAGGGCUGAGCAAAGGAGGAGCAGCUACAGGUGCAGGUGGUUUUGGAGAGGGUGCUGUGGCCUGAAUCCUCAUGCCGCCCCAACCCCACCUCGUCCCGACCCCUCUCCACAGUUCUCCCAGCCCCAGUUUCAAAAGGCUGGGAUUCGUGGAUUCGUGAGAAUUCAGAGGCUGCGACCGCAGCGCACUCUCCUGAGGCUCCUUCAGCUGUGCUCAUCCCACCGCCUGCGCUCUCUGACGGAUGGCAGGAUAAUCCAGAGUCUCUACUGUGUCUCCCCAGCCCCCCUUUAAAAAAUUUAAAUAUUCGCUCUAACAAAUAUAAAUUUAGGAUGUAUAAAUCUCUUGGCACUGAGUCGAGUCUUUGGGACACACAUAUAUAUCGAUAUCAAUUGUAAAAAAAAAAAAAAGGAAACAAGUUCUAAGGUGCACUUUCCUCGUUGCGGUAUUUGUCGCUCUCUUUGUUGCUUAUGCCAAUAAGCAUGGGUUUCCUUGGUGCGUGUGAGUUUUUAUAUAUGUAUAAAUCUAUAUAUAAUCUAUACAUAUAUAUAUAUACAAGCCAGUGUAUAAUGUUAUAAAAUGGAAUUCUAAGUUAUUAAUUGUAACCUGUAGGUGACCUCGGUAUUAACGUGAAAAACUUCAAAAACAAGACAAAGUGGAAAAAAUUAGACUAUGCGCGCAUUGUACUUAUCAGGUUUAUAGAUUAAAUAUAUUGUAAACUCGGGACGAACCCUGCCCACCUGCCCCUCUUGCCUGCGACCGAUGUCUCUCUAAGGAGCCGACAAGGUGCGCGCUGAAGCAGGAACAGAGCGACGAGCGACUGAGCCAGACCGCCCGCUCGCGGGCCCAUCCUCGCCUCCUGGGACUCGCCAAACGCCCUGGCUGAAGGGCCGGCAGCGGAAAACGCCGCCGCAGAGCAGCACUUUGUGCUUUCCUUUGCAUAGAUAUGAGCUAGAAAUAAAUGUUAUUUUCUAAGAAAA